AGUCGAAAUUGUUGUACUCUCGGAUUUGCCGCCAUCUUGACGAGUACAAGGCUCUGCUCGUAGAAUCUGGUCACUAGUCUGUACGUGUGUCAGUCACAGCCUAGCUACUGUGAAUUAUGAAGUGAGUGUUGGCGCCUCCAAUGCCGGCAAUGGCUUCGUUUCAUUCAAAUCCCGAAGUAGCUGAUGUUGAUGUUGAAGAGCAGCGGUCCAUCCUGCACCACGCGCUCUCCUCGGAUUUCCAGUUUGUCCGAGUGUUAGCCCAUGGCUCUCAGGGUAGCGUAUUCGCUGUGCGGUGCACGCUGGACGGACUGCCGCCUAAUAAAUUAUACGCGCUCAAGUUGUUCUACCACUAUAAACGAAGUUGGAGUUCGGCAUUCAGGUCGACUGGCGGUCGGUCGCCCAUCCCUGCAAUCGACGACAUUAGCAGGCCUACCCGUCUUCGAGAGCAUGAGUGGGUGAAACGUAGUCGAGUCCUGAGACACAAGAAUAUCGUUGGUAUUUUGACGUGGUUUGAGGAUAGCAUUGAGGAUGAGCUGUGGGAGCAGCUACCUGAUCAUGCGAAGGGUGCCGUAGAUAAGUCAGCGUCUGCUCGCGGUGGUCGCCGUGGUCAGUUUGUAUUGUUUGAUCUCCACGAGCAAACAGUAGCGGAUUAUGUGAAAAGUCGUGUUGACAGACCAGUGCCCUAUGCACAGGCCAAGAAAUGGUCCAUGCAACUGCUGGAUGCUGUGUGUUUCUUGAAGGACAAUGGCAUAGUGCACUGUGACCUGAAAUUGGAGCACUUGCUACUGAACAGCAAUGGCGACAUUGUCCUGGCAGGGUUUGGUCGUGAAGAGUACCUGUACCUCGAAGACGAGCGGCAAUUCUCUACCUACGGUUUGGACAACACCCAGCAUGCUGCACCUGAGGUUCACAGUCAGUCCUACUGCCGGGGAUGGUCGGUUGGCGGCGGCUGUUCAUGGACUGAGUAUGCCAUUGACAGGCAGACCGGCUGGACUGUGGGCGUCCUGAUUUACGAGUUUGUGAUGAAAGCUCAUCCGCUACCUGACUAUCCGGGCGCGUACAGAAAUGGUGGUGCGGUGAUGUACAACAUGAAACAUGUCGACAUCAAACCAUUACCCAGUGAGUACGUGACUGAGUUCAACACGCUAGUGAUGACAUUGCUGGAACCGGACCCAGGAAAACGUCCCAUCCUCACUGACACUCGACUAUGCCUAGAAGCACUUCACACCGGUUCAGCAGAUCACCUGCUCCAAGAAGUAGCAAGGGUGCACCAGGAGCAUGAACAGCUCAAGGAAAGCACCAGCAAGCUACGUGAGGAGAAGUGUGUCCUGGAGAAUCGUCUCCAUGGUUACGAAAGUGACAAAAGGGAACUCGAAGAGCGUAUCAGAGUGCUCGAAGAAGAAAUCGCCAAACUUGAGGAGCAGAGUGCAAACCUGAAUGUUCUCUUGUGGAAACAUGAGAGGACGCCACUGGUCACUGUUGUGCAAGAGAUUGCAGAGCGGCGCAGCAAACUGCGGGAACGCCUUACUGCACUCAACACGGAGGACACGCAGGAUGUUGCACCCACACGGCUACUCUGCUCGGAUGUGGAGAAGUUGCUGAAGGUCAUGGAGACGGCGAUGGCGCGAGUCAACGAGCUACACGUGCUUCGGGAGAGACUGCCGCUACCUUUGGCUCAUGGUAGUCUUCGCGAUUCGUGCACUUCUUCAUCUCUAGGUAAGGAGAUGCCGUAUUUCUUCGUUGUAUUUUAUCAUGUAUUUUUGAUGGAAAUUCUAUAA